ACAGGUGUAGCCGGUGUGUAGCACUCGUCCCCCACCCACCCGUGUCCUCGAGAUACACCGUGUCACAGCUCAGUGAACACACAACACACACACCGCCAGACACACAGCCAGCCAGCGUACACCGAGGUUUUGAACUCUUUGCCGACGACAGGUGGUCACGCUUGAGAGACUUCAGGGCGACUGUGGCUAGGACAUGGCUGUACACCCGCUCGUCCGCUGUGACAAGUUUAUUCUCAGUCGUUAAACUGCCGACUUUCAUCUCCUACCUGCCAGACCUGUGUAGUCAGUGCGAAAGUCGAUCGGCGUGAGACGGACGCACGGACACAACAGUUUUUGAUGUGAGUGGCUCAUCAGUACACACCACGUGACUAAGCGAUACCCUCUUUCAUUUGCGACAAGUCUCAUGAGAUCGUCGCCGCGAAGUGGUGCAGGGUGGUGGUGUAGGGUGGUGCAGGCUGUCGACAUCCAUAAAACGACAUUUUCCGGGCGCCACACGGCAACAUCGGUGAGUGAGUGACGGAGCGAAGCAAGUCCGACCCUGAAAGUCGACACCUGGCAAAAGUUUGAGACGACCGUAAAGCCAUCUCUGUUGUGUGUGUACGUGUGUGUAUAUUUAUACGUGUGUGUAUAUACGUGUGUCUGUGUGUCUGUGUGGGGGGACUGGGCUGAGGGCAGCAACCGUCCACCUCUGCAAGUGGUGUGCCAUGUGCACGGGCAGGUUGCUGACGCCGAGUGACAGCAGGCAGGAUGAUAACAUGGAUGUAUAAAUAUCAACGGCACGCGGCUGACAGUCUGACAUUUCGCCGCUGCUACAACUGCGCGUGAAGGACUCGCUGUGUCGCAACACAUCCUCCCCACCUUCCGGAUUUAGCCGGUAACCUCAAGAAGAGAGAAAGAGAGAGAGAAGGUAAAAAAAUGCACGGGUGUCGGAACUUCCGCCACAAACCUCUGUCGGAAGCCUGGGCUGGAAACGACAUGCUGAAGACGACACACGGCCUGCAGCACGAGUCGCCGGCGUCGUCGCUGUCAUCGGCAGCUCUCUCCUCGACAGCGCUCUCCUCCUCCUCGCACUACCUGCCCCACCCGCCCGUCCAGUCGCGGACGACGAGGUGCGGGUCCUCGCGCCAACUGUGUGACACCAUCUACCUGCUGCCCACCCGCCUUGCCACCCUGAUGCUGGUCAUGGUGCAGGGCGGGACUGCUGGACUGCUACCUCGUGCACUACAACAAUCGUUACUGGUUCGCCUGGAUCGCCGGCGACAUCGCCGUGGUCUUUAUGUUCGUCGUCACAUUCUCCAUCUCGUACCGCCAGAUGCAGGACGCCCUCCAGUGCAUGCGGAGCGGCGCCAACCACCUGGCGGCCAGGGGCAGCGACUCCGUGGCCUGCUGCAUGGAGGGGGUGCUGGGCAUGAUGCACGACAGGUGCGAGGAGGGGGUGGCCGGCAAGGAGGGGCCCCCGUCCCCCGGGAAGAUGCCCUUGACCUACUUCGCCUGGCUGGUGUACGCAGCCUUCCUCAGCAUCCGGGUCGUGCUCAUCUACAAGAACUUCGCGCACACGCUACAAGAGGACACCUUUCUCGGCCCCAGCACCUUACAGGUGACAGUAGCAGCUGCAGGUGCAGUGUUCCUCGUCUUCCUGUUGGCUCAUCAUGAUGCUGCCCCCGAGUCCAGGCGGCGACAUCGCAUUGACGUGCUGACGUGGUCCGUGCUGCUGGACGUUGUGGACGCCGUGGACCUGCUGGGCGUCUUCCUGGACACCGCGGCCCGAGACAACAUGGCGGAGUGGGUAGAAUGGACAAUCAUGAGCAUCGUCUGCCUUAACUUCGUCCUCCCAACAGUUCUGCUCAUGGUGCUCAGCAAAACACACUUCGGGGCGCGCCCACUAUCCAAGCAUCUACAGACACUGCAUCGGCUGCUGGUGCUGUUGGGAGUGAACGGUCCUCUGCUGGCGGCCCGUCUGUUCCUGUGGCAGCACUUACACCUGCCCAUCUCCACCUUCGCCAUCAAGAACGUGGGCGUGCCCUUCCUGAUGCUGUACUCCAUCUACGACUACGCUCACCACCAGCGCCUGCAGGCUGGCCUGCACGAGGUCCAGGAGAUGAUCAGCUGAAGUGGGAGGGGAGGGAGAGGGAGGGCGGAGCCAGGUGCUUGUUAGAAGGACCGCCACCCUGUCAGCAGAAAACUAUUUGAGCAGAACGAGUCUGUGACGAAUGCAUACACAGUCUGUGACAAUGACAGAGGCAGGCGAUGAUGUACAAAGGGAGGGGUCAGUGACCUCUACAGAACACACAAAAAGAAAGUGAGAAAGUGGAUAGCGAUGCUAUAAACAGACGUAGAGACGAUCGGCGAGGAAGCUGUCGUUCAUGAAAACCAUGGAGCCCAAUGAUGGGGGCGAUAAGCACAGAGAGGGGGUGUCAACAGUUAGAAAUCAUCGACGCUAAUCAUAAUCAGAAGCAGCGGGACUCUUAGAGUCACAACAGGAAUGGAACAGGGUGCAUGUGCCUGCAGGGUAUCGGGGUAGGACUAGAGACAAUCUGCAGGUAACUAUUUGUCGUCAUGGAGACAGGGCCAGGGCUAGUGUCAGACGUGCCUCAGGUGAGGCUCAUUACACGUGUCACGUGUGUCACAUGUGCAACAAGCACGGUCAGAGGACCCUGAGCAAGCUGGAGAAAUGUGCAGCUAGUCCCAUCCUCAGGUGUAAAGAUUUCUGGAUAAAUGACAGCCCACCUAUACACCACUGCUGGCCGUCUGCUAAUGCCCUCGGCAUGCUCCUGGUCGACUGGCGAACCCUGUGAAAACCGAUUUGCGGACUGCGCCGACACCAUGAUUGUCGACAGUUUAAUUAUCUGAUUAUUUCUGGCGGGGGUGGUGGUGGGGGAAGGGGAGAAUGACAAAAGGCAUCUACCUCUACUUCUCCCUGGUUUAGAGACAAUAAACCGAAAGCACAAGAGAUCCUGAGGUUGGAGCUUUUCUUACCUCCGUCAACGCGAGAGCUCGCACCGUCCGCUGUCUCCUCGUGUUGCUAGGAAACCGUUUGCUCACUUGCAAGAGUUUUGUUCUAUCCCGUAAAGUGGAAAACUUAUUGGUCAGCGAUCCUGUGUAUGUGGAUUGGGACUAAAG